AUGACAACCUGGGACAGUCUCUACGCCAGACGGGCGACGCGAAUGCGCGCUUCGGAAAUUCGCGAACUCCUCAAGCUGCUGGACCGGCCGGAUGUGAUUUCCUUUGCAGGAGGCAUUCCGGAUCCGGCACUUUUCCCGGCCAGGGAAUUCAAGCAGGCCUAUUCCGACAUCCUGGGCGGUCCGGAGGCGGAAAGGGCACUCCAAUACGGCAUCAGCGAAGGCAGCAUCAGGCUACGCCAAUGGAUUGUCGAGCACAUGGGAGAACUUGGUGUUUCCUGCAAUCUGGAGAAUAUUCUCAUCACGUCCGGAUCUCAGCAGGGCCUCGACUACAUCGGCAAACUGUUCCUGUCCGAAGACGAUACUGCUCUUGUUCAGUGGCCGACCUAUCUCGGGGCGGUCCAGGCGUUCAACGCGUAUGAGCUUCAUUUUGAACGGCUGGAGCCGCGCGCCAAUCUGGACGCGAGUGACUAUCUUGCCAGAGCGGAAGAAAAGGGCGGCGCAGUCAAAUUCGCAUAUCUUUCGCCGGAUUUUGCCAAUCCGACAGGCCUGUCGCUUGACCUGGAAGAGCGCAAGCGCAUUCUGUCGCUUGCUGGCGAUCUCGCCUGCGCCGUGAUCGAAGAUGCUCCCUAUCAGAGCCUUCGCUAUGACGGCGAGCCGGUACGGGCGAUGCUGGCGCUUGAUUGCGAUUGCAACGGCGGCAUUGAAAACAGCCGGACGCUUUAUUGCGGCAGUUUUUCAAAGUCGCUUUCGCCCGGCCUGCGGCUCGGCUGGAUCUGUGCGGCGUCCGAAGUCAUUUCCCGGCUGGUUCUGAUCAAACAGGCGAGUGAUCUCAACACACCGGUUCUCAACCAGGAAGCCAUGGCGCGCGUUGCCGAGACGAAGUUCGAGAGCCAUACCGCGCGCACAAAUGCGAUUUACAGGGACCGUCGCGACGCAAUGCUUGCGGCCCUGGAAAAACACAUGCCCGCUGGUACGAGCUGGACCCGGCCGGAAGGCGGCAUGUUCAUCUGGGUGGAGUUGCCGGAGGAACUUGAUGCGUCGGAUUUGCUUGAGCGUUCGGUCGAGACCGCAAAGGUGGCCUUUGUACCCGGCAGGGCCUUUCAUCCGGACGGGAGCGGCGGCAACACCUUGAGACUGAGUUUUUCCUGCGCUGACACGGGCAAAAUUGAACAGGGAAUUUCAAGGCUUGGUGCCCUGAUCAGCGAAACUGUCAUGUCCAGGCAGUAA